AUGGACCAAACAUGGGCAGAAUGGCACCAUAUGAUCGAAGAAAUAGGAGGAAACACAAACACAGGAAACCUAGAAGCUUCAAGCUCACGUAUCCAGUUUACACGGCCAGAGGGACAACUUCCACCACCCCCGUCCAACAUCCCGCUGCUCCCAUGUCUUGAGAGCGUCCAUCAUGUUCUCACCCCAUCGUUAAGGGUCGAUGUACGUUUGUUGAUUUGGCCAGAGGCCUGGUUUCCAGGGGAUGACCGACUGUGCCCUCUUUGGCUCCGACCUUGGAUUCAAUUUCCCCAGCUCCAAGAGGAGAUGUGGGACAAAAUUCUCGGCUCGUCCGACCUUGUCAAUGCGUGUGUUUUUCCCCCGCAAGCCUCCAUUCAAUACACUGCUCAGCUCCUACAAUGGUACCCGGUGCAUUCGGAAGACACAUUGAAGCAAUUUGGACACAGAACACUGGACGAUUUCCUCGGGAUGAUUGUUAAUUUGAUAGAACAAAAGGACACACUGCGGUACAGGUUCAAUGUUCGCGGACAACUGAACUUCGACCGCCCGUAUGAUUGCUGCGUUGCUGUUGCGAAAUUCGGAUUCGAAGAGCCGGCGUACGCAGUUUUGUAUAUUCCCUCGUUUUGUCUGACGGUACCUGAACUGGUUGCAGGGUUGCACGCGACAUCACCGCUAAGGUCCUUCGACAAUGAACCGAAUACAUUUGAGGAACAUGCCACCUCCAUAGUGGUCCAUGCGAUUGUUCGAGUCUACUCGAGAAUGAUUUGCUCUGGGCGCCGGUAUGGGUAUAUCUACACAGGAGAGGCCUUGGUAUUUCUUCACAUCCCUUUGGAUGACAGUAGCGUGGUCGAAUACUAUCUCUGUGUUCCCGCGCAAGACGUUGAGUCUCAUGGCUAUGAUCCGCAUUCAAACUGGGUUCGCCAUACGGCUUUGGGCCAAGUCCUCGCCUUCGCACUGCAAUCUUUAGAUUCCACUCCACCAUCGCAGGAAUGGCAAGACGCAAUUUAUCAAUCUUAUCGCCCUCUCGAAGAAGAUUACUCAAUCCUUAUGCCUCAAGCCCCGGAUGACCUUCGACUCGGCCCACCAGCAGAGUUCACGUAUGAGAACUCAUUCUGGCCGAGAUUCUGGGAUAAUCUUCUACGUGCAAACAUACCCAAGGGGGAUGCUGGAAGCUCUGUUCCACAACCAUCUGAGUCAGAAGUUUUCAGGCCUUACUGUACCCAGGCAUGCCUCCGAGGCACUUUUGAAAAGGAUCUUUUGGAUCAAAACUGUCCGAACGCUGAUCAGCACGGCGUAGUAAAACACCAAAUCAGCUCACAGGAGAUCUGCGACAGGCUGAAUGAACAACUUCGAGCGAAUCGAUAUAGAGGAUUCCAGCAGCUGCACAUCACCGGUCGAGUCUGUUAUCUGUUAAAAGCAACAUUGCUGUCUCAUGGGUACACAAUGUUGAUCAAGGCCACCAGUAUGAAACGGUCGCGCAGGAUUCAUGCGGAAUUGAAGAACUAUGAGAAUCUGAUGUCGCUACAGGGUUGUCAAAUCCCUGUAUGCCUUGGGAUGUUUUCACCCAAGAUCCCAUAUUGGUAUCACGGGGUUAGAAUGGAAUACAUGCUGCUUCUCAGCUGGUCUGGCAUUCGAACGGAGGAACAUGCGACCCUUGAAACAUGCCAGUUCCUUGAACAGGAGAUGCGGAAACUCCAAGACAAAUUCCAAGAACACGGAGUUAUUCAGAGAGAUCUAACCUUCCGCAAUGUGCUGUGGAAUCCCAUGUCACAAUCCUUUGUGAUGAUUGACUUGGAAGAUUUGAAGUAUGUGAAUGGCGUUUCAGGGAGCCCCGAGGGGCAUGGAAGCCAACAUACCCUAUCCAGUGGCUACCUUGCAGAUGAUGACAGGUAA